GGGUCCUACUGUAACUUUAUUUGUGUUUGCCUGGAACACAAAACACUUACAGAGGCUGCACAAAUCUAAUCUCCGGGAUUUCAGUGUCGCCUAUUGCCGCCAAUGGGUCUUGAUAUGGGGCAGUGUGAAAAAUGCUGCGCCUGGGACGAGUUCUGCGAUCGGAGGCACUGCGUCAACUGCGCCAUCUGAGCAGCAAGCCUGGAGGCGAUGUGCUGCCCCAGAGCUGCGAUGUGCUGAUUAUCGGCGGGGGUGGCAUGGGCGCCUCCUCGGCCUUUUGGCUCAAGUCCCGAGCACAGCAGCUGGGCAGGAGUCUCAAGGUUCUGGUGGUGGAACGAGACUCUGGGUACACCAGUGCCUCCACGGUGCUCUCUGUGGGCGGAGUAAGGCAGCAGUUCUCCCUAGCGGAGAACAUCCAGAUGUCGCUGUACGGAUACGAUUUCAUAGUCAACAGCCAGAAGCACUUGGGGGACGUGGACGUCUGCUACCAGCCGAACGGAUACCUUAUCCUGGCCUCCGACAAGGGAGCAGACAUCCUGGCCCAGAACUCGAAGCUACAGAACGAGUUGGGGGCACGCAACGAACUGCUCGGCCAGGAGGCGCUGCGAAGACGGUUCCCCUGGCUGUCCACGACAGACGUUGAGCUCGGAUGCCAUGGACUGGAUAAGGAGGGAUGGUUCGAUCCGUGGGCGCUGCUCAUGGGCUACAAGCGACAAGCCCGUACCCUCGGAGCAAACUUCGCCAACGGCGAGGUGGUGAGCUUCGAGUGGAACAGUUCUGGAGCCCUGUCCGGAGCCGUGGUAGAUUCUGGGGACGGAGUGCAGCGCACUGUGAAAUUCGACACCUGCGUCCUGGCUGCGGGAGCCCAUUCGGGUCAGGUGGCUCGUCUGGCGAACAUUGGAAACCCCGAAGCCAAGGAUGAUACUUUGCGAGUGGCUCUCCCUGUCGAGCCCAGGAAGCGGUAUGUGUAUGUGUUCAGCACUCAAGGACGAAACUGUCCGGGCAUGGCCACGCCGCUGACCGUCGAUCCAGACGGCACCUACUUCCGACGUGAUGGCCUCUGCGGGAACUUCCUUGCCGGUCGCAGUCCCAAUGACGACGAGGAGCCGGACUGCUCCACCUUGGACGUGGACCACGGCUACUUCGAGACGGAUGUGUGGCCAACGCUCGCCAACCGAGUGCCGGCAUUCGAGUCCGUGAAGGUCCAGAGCAGCUGGGCUGGUUACUAUGACCACAACACCUUUGACGCCAACGGCGUCAUCGGAAGGCACCCGCACUACUCAAAUCUCUUCAUAGCGGCGGGUUUUAGCGGUCACGGAAUCCAGCAGACUCCGGCCGUGGGGCGAGCCAUCUCCGAGCUGAUCCUGGACGGAAGGUUCUCCACCAUCGACCUGUCCCGCCUUGGCUUCGAGCGGCUGGUGAAAAACCAGCCCAUGUUCGAGGUCAACAUCGUGUAGGCGCGAGAUUUGAUUGGAGUGUCGUGUCCUGCACUUAUAUAUAAGAACCCGAUUCAGUGUGUAUGUACUUGUUUUAUUGCAAUUUCGGUUGUAUGUAUAUAUAGUAAUAUUGUAAAGUUCA